AUGCGAUCGCUACCCGAAGACAUCGCUGUUCUGCACCGGCAACGCAUGAAGGAGGCCGAGGCGAACGACAGGGCUACUCCAAGGUCGCGUCAAGAAGAGGUGCGCGACGUGAUGCAGUUCCUUCGGAUUCAGAUCGAGAGCAGAGAUGAGAGCUCCCGUUCGAGGUGCCCACGAAAACCCAGCGCCACAGGACACCAGGUGAGGGAUCCUCACUUUCAGCCGCCGCUACCAUCAGCAUUAGAGCUGGCAGCAGGAUCUGCAACGAACAGCCAUGCCUGCUGCGUACUAUGCCGACACCGUGAGCACACUGUAAAUUACUGCAAUAGUAACAUGACAAUCGACGAGAUUCGGAUGCAGCUAAUCGAGAACAACUGCUGCUUCAAGUGUGCCAGAAAAGGACACGUCGCACGACAGUGCCGCAGUGCAGAGUGGCUUAAGUGCAAGCUCUGCGCGAAGCAUCAUCUUACCAUUCUUUGCAAGAUAUGGAAACCGGCAAACUGCACGGAUGCCGACAGCAGCGACAAAACGAAAACCGACGGCCUGCCAGCGAUCACCAGUGCAACCACAAGCAGUUCUGCGCCGCUACCGCGAGACGUUCUCAUGCAAGCGGCCACAGUAUCGGCGUUGGGAAGACAUGAUUCUGCGCUGUUUCGUAUACUUAUUGACACUGGCUGCGAAAGGACAUUUAUACGGCGUGACUUGUCCACGAGACUCGGUCUACCUUCCGUCGGCAUAGAAGACCUGUCUCUGCUAAUGUUUGGCAACUCCAAACGUUCCCACACUUACCGAAACCGAACCAUGCAACCCAAGCUGCAGAGUCGUUUAUAUGCACUCGGUAUCACGGUGGAUGCUGUGUAA